AUGAGCGCGUCGUGCGUGUGGAGCAAGCGCGGCCGGAAGCCCGGGGCGCCCCUCCCGUCCCUGGACGACGAGCAGCGCGAGGGGCUGCAGAGCUCCUUCUGCGACGACUGCUUCCUCGCGCUCGGCAAGAACCUGCUGCAGGCGCAGGGAGAGCACGGGCGCGUGGGCGCGGGCGGCGGCGCAGUGCAGCGGCGUCCAGCGGCCCUCGGCGGCGAAGUUGGCGUCCGCGCCCAGCUCCAGCAGCCGCCGCACGCGCCGCACCUGCCGGCCAGAGACCAUCAGCAACCGCGCCGCGCCCGCACGGGCGCGUGCAUGCUGCGACACAAGAACGAGACACAUCAGAUGAUUCGGUACGUCAAUGCUCUACAACGCACGGUACGUCGUGCUGGAGAACGUGUAGUGGCGAUUAAGCCAUAG